AUAAAUUUAACAUUAAUGAAUAUGUCGAGCAGCAACAAGAAAUAGAUGAACUCGGUCGCGUGAAGCCACCUGCGUCUGUAAGUUUUAGUGUUAGUGACACUACUCGUCAACGUCGACGGCAGCAAAGAGAUAAAAGAAGAUCUAAACGGUUACAACGCGAUAUGGAAGAUAAAGUUAAAAUGGAGGAAGGACUAUCUACCGAUGAUGAACUAGGAGAAGCUGAUGGAAGAGAUAUGGCUACUAAAAUAGACGAAAUUUCAUAUCACAAAACUAAAUUAUUUGAAGAUGUUAUUGAUGAUUUCAAAUCUAUUUAUUUGGUAAAAUCAAAAUUUGAUACAUGGAAAAAAGAAUUUUCUGAAGAUUAUGCAAAGGCGUAUGGGGAUUUAAGUUUACCUGGAGUGUUUGAAUUUUAUGUGAGAUAUGAAAUACUGUUAUGGGAAACGUUUAAGGAUCAUUCCGAUUUUGGCAAGAUGGAAUGGUACCAAACAAUUUCUGGGUUUAAUGAUAUGAAUUCCUCUUCAGAUAUUUCGGAAAAUGAUAAACUUUUGACAAAACUUGUCGAAAAAGUCAUUAUUCCACGGGCUAUUCGUUUAGUCAAAGCUCUAAAUCCGUAUUCUUCCAAAGAAACAAAAUCUGCUAUCGAGUUUUGUAAAUCAACGUUAAAGUUUGUUGAUAAAAACUCUCCAAAAUUCAAGGAUUUUACAUCUGCAAUAUCGAGCUGUCUACAAAAUGUAGUACUAGCUAUUAAGCAUCCGGAUACUUUCAGUUUAC